AGGAAAUGGAAGUGAAAAAAGCGGAACGGCUGUUUUCUCAAUUGUGUUCAUGAGGCUUUGCAUUAGACACUCCACAGCAGCAAACUAGAGUAAAUGAAGGCCCCUGUGGGGUGGCUUUGGAUCGUGGCCCUCUUUCCUUUGCCAGCCCUGCAAACAGAGGAACCAGAAUAUCCCUCCAAAGUUGGCCAAACGAAACGUCUCCAAGAAAUGCAAGAUGAGUUUGUCAACCAGACGCUGCAGCAUGACGAGACUUACAGGAUGUGGGUAACUCAUAACGUCACAGAUUCCUCAAGGGGAGUCUGGGAAAACAUCACUACACCAGCUUACGCCACCGUAAAGAGCAGCACUGCGUAUCAAGCCAGAAGGCUGCCAAAGCCAGACAUCACCAUCCACUCCGUGAAUGGGACCUGCAAUGUCACCUUGGAGUGUGCCAUAACAGAAUGGGGAGUAGAGGAUGUAACUUACGCCUGGUCAAAUUCUGAAAUUGGGGUGGUUCUCUCUGAGGAGCCAUCUCUGCGUGUCACUCAGAAGCCCCUAGACGGCUCUUUGGACUACACGUGCACCGUACGGAACAAGGACAGCAAAAACACCAGCACAGUUUCUCUGAGGGAUCACUGCCAUGACCCUUUGUCCGCUGAUCGAGGAGCGCUAGCAUCCGUGUAUGCGAAAUACCUGAUCCCACUUUUGAUCGUUCUUGUGGUGCUGGUCAUCCUGUUCCUCAUGUACAGGCGGAAGAGAGGAAGAGGAAGCCGCAGCAGGACAGUAUCCAUCAAUGAAUCAUCAGACUCCGACUACCUUAUUGUGGAACAGGCAGCACAGCUGAACUUGCUUUCUGAGGUCUUCAAGCCAACUGGUGAGGGCCCCCCAGAAAUGACACAAGCAUCAAACGAUGACGAGGCUUUGAGCGUGCAAGACCACCGACCCCUAAGUCAAGCAUGAUGUCUGUUUCAAAUUCUUGGUCCAGACCUUUACAUCUCUUAAGAGAGAGUUGAGGUAAUGGGGCUGGCAAAGACCCUUUGGCCAAACUCCUUGGAGAGCUGCUACGAGUCAUGUAGGUAAUAUCAGACUAAAUGGACCAACUCACAAUAAAGGCAGCUCCUUAAUUAUUCAGUCCGCAGAUAUGCAGGCAAAAUGUAGGGGGGGGGAUACUGAUUCUCUCUCUGUGUGUGGGGUUCAACAUCAGUACUUACGUAGGGCGUUCUCCAACUUGCCGAAUGCAGGGCUGGUGCACCCAUAGGCUGCAGGAACCAACCCCUUUCCAUCCCUCAGUGUGCAGUACACCUCUGAAUACCAGUUGUUAGGAAUCACAAAUGGGGAGAGGACUGUUGGGGUCAGGUUCAGCUUGCUGGCUUCCCAGAGGCAUCUGUGUCAACAGGAUGCUGGACUAGAGCCAUUGGCCGGAUCCAGCAGGCUCUUCUUACAUUCCUAAUUAUGUUUUUCAAGCGUAGCUUUAGCCAUAAGAACAAACACCCUCUUGAAUUUUAAAAAUCUGUACAGGACAAGCUGUUGCAGAGUAAGCAAUCUUAGGAACAAGGACCAGAGCUCAGCAACGUGCGAGAGUGGAUGCUCAGGCACCGCAGUCAAGGUAUUUACCAGCGUGGCCACCGGAGGGUGCUAUGGAGAAACAUACAGUACACAAUCAGAUUCUUUUGUGUUUCAAGCAACUGAUUUUUAAAGACCCACAAAUUUGUUUGCUGACAGCCUUUUUAGACCAAUACUAACUUUCUCUAUUGUUUUUUAUUUUUUGCUGGCAGCCUGGCAUUACUUUUUGCUUUAGUUCAAUAGAUCUGCACCUAUGGCUCAGAGUUCUCCCCCACCCCCAAUGCUUUUAU